GGACAGAGCACCUCUCUGGUAGAGUACAACCUUGAUAAUUAUUCCCCAAUUUCCCCUCCUUUCCUCCACCAACAACAGCCAUACGCAACGAUGGCUACCACCAAGCAACGUCUCGCGCUGUCGAUUAUCGACUUUCUCAACACCUCUCUCACUGACGGCACCCUCACUGAAGAGGACCGCGAUUCUAUUGAUGUUGCGGCAAACUGCAUCUCCGAAUGCUUCAAAGUAGACCCCACAGAUGCGACACCCAAAGACUCGCAAAACCUCCUUCAAAUUUACGGAGUAUAUGAGAAGCUCAAGGGUAAGACACCAGCAGGGCCAGGAACCAAUGCUGCGGGCGAGAAAGCUACCAAACCUGCACCGACGGAUGCCCAAAAAUCCGAGGCGGAGGGGUUGAAGAGUCAAGGAAAUGCCGCGAUGGCAAAGAAGGAUUACACCGCAGCUGUGGACUUCUACACCAAAGCUCUAGCGAUAAUUCCAGGGAACCCAAUAUUCCUCUCCAACCGCGCAGCAGCCCACUCUGCUUCCAAGGACCACGAAUCCGCCCGCGCAGAUGCUGAGGCAGCCGUCGCAGCCGAUCCAACAUACACCAAGGCAUGGAGUCGUCUUGGUCUGGCGAGAUAUGCUUUGGGUGAUGCUCCCGGAAGUAUGGAGGCCUACGGCAAGGGUAUUGAAUACGAAGGAAAUGGUGGUAGUGAGGCGAUGAAGAAGGGCUACGAGACUGCAAAGAAGAAGGUCGCAUUGGAUGAGGCAGGUUCCGACGAUGAUCAGGUCGUAGAUCGAGGUGCUGGAGGACCUGGUGGUCGUGGGGGAAUGCCCGACUUGUCUGCACUUGCAGGUAUGUUCGGCGGAGGUGGAGCCGGAGCUGGUGGAAUGCCUGAUCUUAGCUCUAUCAUGAGCAAUCCUAUGUUUGCGAGCAUGGCACAGAAUCUUAUGAGCAACCCAGAUAUGAUGAGUAAUAUCAUGAACAACCCAAGACUUCGUGAGAUGGCCAACCAAUUUGGUGGUGGAGCUGGAGGAGCACCAGGUGGGGGUGGGGGUGCUGGUGGAAUGCCAGAUCUAUCAGCAUUAAUGCAAGAUCCAAGCAUUGCUGAGAUGUAAGUGAUACUCAAUUGCAUCCUAUUCAAAAUCUCUCGGGGUCAAUUACUAACGAUCAUAGGGCACGAAACAUGAUGGGAGGUGAUGGUGCUCCUGGGGCACCCCCCGGAGCUGGUCGUGGAGCUGGUCGCGGAGCAUGAACAUGAGCAUUUCCUAGAUCGUAUUCCGUCCAGAGUCUGCUUUUAGAUAUCGGACUCCCUUUUGGGCUAUGUCUUGAAGGGGGCC